AAAUACAGAAAACUUAGAAAUUGAUUGAUUUAUUAAUUGUUAUUAAUUGCAACUAAAUUAACGUCAAUUAAGACCUAAUGGCCACUGUUUUGAACGCAGUGUUGAUGAUAUUGGCCAUCGUUGCACAAGAGGUCAAAUGUCAAUCAAAUUUGCAUUUCGUUUAUUUACCAAAAUCCGUCAGAUUUUCACCAAAAUUAGAUCCAAUUAAGACUUCAUCCAUCGCUGAUUUGCUUUCAUUAACUCUGGGAUACUCUUUGCCAAAGUCUUUGGAUUGGAAAUCAUUUGAUUCCAUUACUGAUGUCUUUUCAUUACCGAAAGCUUGUCUAACCGUAAGACUUGUUGGUCAACACAACUUUGAAUUUGACGGAACACAAGACAUACCAAUUGAAGAGACACAAGAACUGAUCACUCAAUGGGAUGUUUUUCGACAAAGAACUGAACAACGAUUUUCAUCUGAAAAUAGAGUUAUUCUGAGACUUGAUUCACAAGAAAUCUUAACUAACAAUCAAAUUGACAACAAAUUCAAUAUUCUUUCAAACGAUGAAAAACUGAAUAAAGGUUUGAAAAGACUUGAAUUACAAGAAUUGUUGUCAAAUGUCGAUCAAAACGACAAGAAUAUAAAGUCUUUGGUUAUUGAAUUGGAAACAAUUUAUCAGUUCUUAGAAAUGGUUAAUGGUAUCCGACAUAAGACAUCAUCAUUUAGGGAUUUGUAUUGGUUUGACGUCAGAUCAUUUGCACCAAUUUUAGACCACAAUAAAUACGAUGAAUCAGUUCGAAGAAUUGCUCGAAAUUUACUCAAUUCUCUUAUAGAAAAGAUGACUCAAGAUAUAACACAAUUAUACAGUAAUAAAGUUGUCGUAACUGUCAUUGAAGAUCGUUAUCAAUCACCGCAUUUGAUCCGAAAUGUUCGGGCAUCAGAAGACAAGGAUCUCAAUUUGGCGCACGUUUUCGACCCGAACUUUCACUCGGCUUUCGCGACCAUUGCUUUUACUACUAUUCUGAUAGCUGUGGCCGUAUUUGGUAUAUCAGUGGCCAUGUGGAACAUUGAUCCAGGCAAAGACUCCAUCAUCUACCGAAUGACAUCACAGAGGAUUAAAAAGGAUCAGUAGUCUUGUGGUUAUCACUAGUCGUUUGGUCAGUCGUCUCAUAUUUAUUCCAGAAGUUAUGAAUGUUUGCAAUAAAACCAAAAAGUGAUUCAUUUGUUUCAUUUUAUUCGCCGCGUGCCUCCUCUCCCUUCCCUCCCUUUCCUCUCUCU